UCAGGCCUCCCAGCCCCCCCCACCCAUCCCAGACCCUGGGGUCCCGGUCCCAGCACCCCUCACCCAGCCCUGUGCUCCCCCCAGCCCUACAGAUGCUGUGGUUGCUGUUCCUGCCCCUGCCCCACCUGGGGGGCUCCAUGCCCAUGUUCCCCGAUCCCAGGUCAGGGACUGAGUGGGCGCACACCGUAGGGGGCCACAGUGCCCCUCCCGGGAAGUGGCCGUGGCAGGUCAGCCUCAGGACCUUCAGCAAGGAGCGGGACCAGUGGGAGCACAGCUGCGGGGGCUCCCUCAUCCACCCCCAGUGGGUGCUGACUGCGGCCCACUGCACAGCACUGGACGCGUCGGAGCCACAGACAUACAGGGUCCAAACUGGACAAGUGACGCUCUAUCACCGCGACCGGCCGACGAAGGUGGCCCAGAUCAUCCUGCACCCCAAGUUCAACCUAAGCCUGUUGGCUCCGGGGGGCGCCGACGUCGCCCUGCUGAAGCUGGAAGCCCCUGUGACGCUGUCGGAGCUCGUCCACCCGGUGUCCCCGGCCCCCGACUCGCUGAUGCUCCUCCCAGGGAUGAAGUGCUGGGUGACUGGCUGGGGGACCCUCGGGUCGCUGCCCCCAGCCCACCACCUGCAGGAGGCCAAGGUCCCCAUCGUGAGGACCCAGGCUUGCGAGAGGGCGUAUCACAAAGGACCCUCUGCCCACGGCCAGGACACCGUCAUCAAGGCUGACAUGCUGUGUGCAGGGAGGAAGGGGCAGGGCUCCUGCCAGGGCGAUGCUGGGGGCCCCCUGGUCUGUUACUGGCUGGACACCUGGCUCCAGGUCGGCGUGCUGAGCUGGGGCAUGGCCUCCAGGCCCAGGGACUACCCUGAUGUCUACACCCGGGUGAUGUCCUAUUCAUCCUGGAUCCGCCAGCAUGUCCCACUGGAGCUUUGAGGAGCCUCUGGGAACCCGGGAGCCGACCUGCCCUCCUGGCCUCCCCGCCUGGCCUCCUGCUGCCUUCCCCCUUCCACCUCCAGGCCCUGUUCCUGCCUGCCCCACCUGGCUCCAAAGCAGCCCAUCCUUCCCUGACUUAGGGGUGAGGCUGCGGCAGCAGUGGGGGCUCAGAAGUUGGUGUCCCCAGGAUGUGGGUGGGUUGGGGAGGAUGCACCCAGGGACCUUGCCUUCUGCCUGGGUCUGCUAUGCUAUUAAACUGUGUGA